CCCGACCCGGAAGUGAAAAAAGUAUGACUAACAAAAGUUUUUAGCAAAGCACUUUUGCAAUUUUCCAUUUACCCAAUUUUCCGUUAUUUAGUGACUCAAUAGUGUGUGUAUUUUAUCUUUAUUUUGUAAUGGUUUUCGAUGUAAAAAAGUGAAAAAAACAUUUAUUAACUGAUAAAACCACAUUAAUGACAAACAUAACUACAACAAAGCAUAGAAAACAAAUGAUAAUACGCAAGCAAGCCGUAAAAGGAAAAACAAUCGCAAAACACAAAGCAACAUAACCUCAAACCACAAAAAUGAAAAUUGUCUGUGCCCAUUUUCUAGUAUUAUUACUUGCAAAUUGUAAUUUUGCGCAAGAUAUCGAUCAAACAGUCAGGGUAAACAAAUGCUGCGAAGAACACGAGAUUUAUAUUGGAAGAUCAUGCACCCCAGUAAAUAAAACAAGUCAAUGGAAACCUCUGUUUACCUCCGAGAUGGAGGAAAGUAACCUGCAAAUUAGUUAUAAGUUAAUAACAGGGGCGCCAGAUUGUGGUUCGAUGCAGCCAUGGUCGAUUUAUCAUUAUUUAAACUCAACAGAUAAAUUACGAUUAUUACCAUCAGGGAUUUUGAGACACUUUUUUGAUCAUACUAUACCAGGGGAGGAAGAUGAAUUACGAGAAGCCAUAAUUAAAGGGAAAGAUUUAAUUUAUCAUGAUUAUACAUCAGGAAAAUAUUGUUUAGAUAAGAAAAUUGAAGGUGAUCUUGAAAGCGAAUUCGCAUGGGUUUGCGCGCCAAACUCAGAAAAAGAAUGGUAUAAAUCCACAGAGUUCCUAAUAAGGAACAUUAUCAAUCCAGUAACCCAUGGUAUAAACAUAGCCUGUUUGAUUACAGUGGCGAUAAUUUAUUUCGUUAUGGCAACACUGCGGGACCUAACUGGCAACAUUGUGACCACCAUUUGUAUGUGCCUGAUUGUCAGCCAAUCAGGCGAUAUGAUAAGAUUGUUGACUGUUUUUAAAAGUCAUAUCAGUUUAAUAAUAACAGAGACUAUCUGUUACUUUAGCCUUUUAGGAGCCUUUUUCUGGCUAAACAGCCUAGGUUUCUACAUAUGGAAAACAUUCAAAUCCAGAAAUGUAUUUCUGAGAAUUACAGAUGGCAAGAAAUAUUGUUACUACUCAGCCUAUGCAUGGUCUUGUACAAUAUUUUUGGGAGCACUGGCUAUAUUUGCCCAUUUUACCAUGGACUAUCCCGAGUUUAAUUCCAGUCUGACUUUUGAGAAGCAAGAAGAACAAAUUGGCUCACUUGGAAUGAUCAUUUUCUUCGUCCCUGUAGCAUUUACAGUAAUAGCCGACAUAUUUUUCUUUGCAACAACUUUAAAAACAAUAAAUAAAAUGCAUACAUAUGGAAGGAUACACCACAAACUAAGGCAUAGUUUUCGUAUGUACCUCCUACUUCUACUGAUCAUGACACUUUGCUGGCUAUUUUUCCUGUCAUCAUUCUCAAAAUAUGAUGGCCUGAUAAACAGCCACAUAAUAGUAAACGCAUUUUUGGGCCCGUUGAUUCUCUACAUUUGCGUUUUCAAUCAAAAACACGUUUCGUACCUGAUACGAAAAACUUGUUGCUACAAAAACUGUUUGUGCAGUUGCUGUAGACCCGAGCCGGAACCUGAAUGGGGCGACGAAAUGACAGCUAUGAACACGAACAAUGACUAUUGGCACUAAGUUUACUUAAAAUAUAACGCUAAAUUGCCCACAAGUAAUCUCAUUUAAAGAUUAAUGUAAUGCUCAAAAACUUGUGUAGCUUUGUUUAGAGUUAAUUUACUAACAAGUGUUUUUAAAGAAGGCAAUAAUCAGCACUAAAACUUACAAUAAGGGUUUUAUAACAAUUUUACAAAAUGUACUUAAUAUUUUACAAUAUAAACUUUUAUAGAUUUGUAUUUCUGACUUUUGAUAUUAAAUUUUGCUAACUUAUGGCAGCUAGGUACUUUGAGACCAAAUAUCAUUCCGCAAAUGUAUUUUCUAUACUUUAUUAUUUUAUAUAUGUAUGUAUUUAUAUUUGUGUAUGUUUUCAC